UAACUGUGAAGACCGUUUCCUGCGACCGUCCAACCAGAAGGGUCUACACCGAGGGGUAGCCACAACACGACGCCUCCUGAGCCGACCAAGCUGACAGCCAAUCAAGAGAGUCACCUAAAGGAUAUCCCGGGAGCUACUCAUUGAGAUAUCCGUGGGAUUGCCUUCGUCUGUCUGGGAUAAUUUGGGAUAUCCUCAGGAUAAAGUGUGCUGUGUGGGUUACGGCCGGCUAGGCCGUUAUUUGUUCUCGGAAGUCUGUAUUAAAUUAAAUCUCUCUGAUAAAAGCGUGUGAGACAUUAAAGUGGAUAGACCUAACCUCCCCGGUGGGCUGGGGCCGGCGGAUGGCCACGUGCCAUCCCCGCCUUCGCCUCCAUAUGAAGAGAUAUCGAACGAUCUGAAGAAAUUUUGCACACAAAUCAGUAAAAAUAUGUCUCAAGAAGAAGUCAUGGAUAUAAGCCCGGUGGAAAUAACGUCUGCAAAGAGAGCUCUUUCAACAGAAGGUGAGUCGGACAAUCGUCAGCCUCCCCCCAAAAAUCAAAAGAAGAUCCGAAAGCCCCCUUCCAAGGAGGCUAAGGAACAUGAGGCAGCCUCAACUUCAUCUGAAAUAGUGACCGGCACGCAGUCCAAGGACCUCCCAGUGAAAUAUGGUGCCUUUACAAAGGCCCCAUAUGUUUUACACUUUAGACUGCCCUCCUCAAAGACGGACAAGGAAAAGACGAGAAAGAGGACCUCCCUGCUAAAGGUAUCAAAAAUGCUUGCUAAUGCCAACGUCAAAUUUUUGAAUCUAAGAAACUAUUCGUUCGACAUGUGGGUGGCUACUUUUCCCACGAAAACGGCAGCUAAUGCAGUACUCUCUAAUAAAUAUAUAAAAGAUGCAGGCUUUGCUGUUUUUAUUCCGGCAUACAAGCUAACACGCAAGAUGGUCAUCAGAAAUAUUCCUAUAGAAUUUUCUCUAGAAGAAAUAAAGAAGGCAAUAGAGGAGGAAAACUCCGACAUUAUGAUACAUAAUAUUUUUAGAUUAAAGAAGAAGGAUCGCACCACUGCCCUAUGGACCGACUCAGAAAAUAUAUGUGUGCAAAAAAUGGGGGAGGACAUCCCAGAGAGCCUCCUUAUCAUGCGCACAAUAAACACAGUCACACCCUACAUCUCAUCGGUCAGACUAUGUUAUAAAUGUGGCUAUUUUGGUCACAUUAGCAAAUACUGCGAAAGGAAUCCAAGAUGUCUUCAAUGUGGAGAGAGUGAUCACCAAAGCUCAAAGGAUCAGCCGUGCCAAAAGGAAAAAAAAUGCAUAAACUGCUCCGGUUCUCAUUCAACCACAGAUAGAGAGUGCCCUCUUUACGUUAGAAACGCUGAAAUAGCAAGAGUGAUGGCUUAUGAUAAUCUCUUUGAGGCCAAAACUCUGGUUAUCAGGCAAGAAAAGAAGACACCUGUAAUAACACCGCCGAAAACAAUCAAGAAUUUUCCCCUUCUCCCACAAAAGAAGGGAGUGUCUUUGGUCGACAAUCCGGCUAUGUUCCAGUCAUCAGUCAAGAGCGAUCGGUUAUGGACACAAUUAUUCACCCAUUGCGCGGCAGAGGUUAAGGCUAGAGCGUACCGCCUGCUGGACUGGCUGCUGGAAUUAGAAGAAAUUGAUGACCUAUUUGACAGGAUGGAGAAGACUUUGGAAAACCACAAGAUAGUAGUGGAACACACAAAACAAAAAAGACUUGGCUAACUAAUCAAAAUACUUUCCUCUUGAGAGGAUUUGACAUAAUUAGGAAGGACAGAGAGAACAGAAAAGGCGGCGGAGUGGCGAUAAUUGUGUCUCACUCUCUUAAGUAUCGAGCCAUCCAGAUACCAUACGAUUGCUUAGGCAAGAUAGAGGUUUGUGCGGCGGAAAUUUUUCUUGUCGGUGAGUCUUUAAUACUAAUAGCAUGUUACCGCCCUCCUAAUUUAGGAGUUAUUACAGAUGACGAAUGGAGUAGAUUUAUUAAUCAAUUUGGAAACCAUAUUUUGGUUAUUUUUGCCGGAGAUUUUAAUGCUCACAAUGGGCAUUGGGGCUUGAAUUAUUCAUGCCCAAACGGUAGAAAUUUAUGAUCGGCUAUUGAGGAUUCGGAUUUUGCACUGGUUGGGGAUGGUUCUCCAACUUUUUGUGGUGACGCUAUUAGAAGCCCUUCUACUAUCGACCUCACUAUUUGUCAUGUAUCUAUGCUACCUAAAAUCUAAAGAACGGUCCUCCCAGACGCAUGGGGUAGCGAUCAUUUCCCGAUCUGUGUCGAAACAUUCUAUUCCCAAAAUAUAGCAAAAAACCGAUGAAAAGGCCCCCACUAUAUAAUAAGUCAACCAACUGGAAAAAUUUCCAAAUAAUUAUGGAUGCUGAUGUCAAAAAUCUUAUUACAGACCAAGAAAAUGAUGUUCUUAGUAUAUACACUAAGCAUAUACACAACUUUUGUGGCCUCAAUCGAAAAGGCUGUAAAGGAAGCAUCAGCCCCGCUUAAGGACCGCCUUUCCAUAGGCCCUCCUCCGUGCUUAUGGUGGUCAAGAGAAUGCGACAAUCUCGUCAAUGAUAGAAAACUGGCAUGGCACAGAUUUAACAUCACGAGAAAUUACGAAGAUUUUGAGCGCUACAAACAGCAAUGUGCAUUAACGAAAAAAGGACUGCGCAGAAUUAAAUAUGAAAAGUUUAAAGAAUUCAAUGAAUCAAUUAAAAAAGACACCAGCCCAACAUUUAUCUGGAACACUGUUAAAAAAUUUGAUUCAAGAUGGAACCGUAUUGAAAACAGUCAGUCAAUAUCCGAAGAUAAGAUUGAAACAAUCUCCAAACAAAUAGACGAACUCUUUCCCCCUUGGGUCCCUCCCCCCACGCCAGAUCUUAUGUCUCCAGGAUCAGAUAACUUUAUGGACCUUCCUUUUACUCACGAGGAACUAACUUGGGCUAUAGAGUCAGUUAACGUGAAAUCGAGUCCAGGUAUCGAUAGAAUUGAUUACAAAAUUAUUAAAAAUUUCUCCCCGAUGGGCAGAUCGGUUCUUCUUAGAAUUUUUAAUCUGAUUUUUAGAAAAGGUCUUUUUCCAGAAGAAUGGAGGAAAUAUCUAGUUUGCUUCAUUCCUAAAACAGGCAAAAACAAGUUCCGCCCAAUUUCGUUGUCAUCGUACCUAGGAAAGAUAAUGGAAAGAAUGAUUACCAAUCGUCUUCUUUGGUGGUUGGAAGUCAAUAACGUUCUCCCGUCCUCACAAUUUGGCUUCCGUAAGCAAAAAUCCUGUAUGGAUAAUUUGUCAAUUCUUUACGCUGAUAUUAUUGGGGGUUUUGAAGAAAAGAGGAAUGUUCCUGCGGUUUUCCUAGACAUCAAGGCCGCCUAUGACAACGUUCUACCGAAUAUAUUAAUCAAUAAUUUACUGGAAAUAGGUAUUCCUCCUCUUACUCGUCAAUUUAUAUUUAAUUUAACAUCUUUUAGGCGUGUAUCUUGUCGAUUUCAGGAAUUAGACGUCAAAAGAUAUGCAUAUAAAGGCCUUCCGCAAGGAAGUGUCUUAAGUCCUAUUCUAUACACACUGUAUGUCCAAGAUUUGGAUAGAUAUUGCCA